UUAGGGACAAACAUGAAAAUAAAAAGUGCUCCCCCGGACCUGCAUGGCCUCUGCAAACGCUUCCAGAGUCCCCCCCCUCUACCGUCCGUGACGUCACAGGUCCGGCUCGGAGAGCAGCCAGUAUUUGCCUGUCACCGGGGUCAAGAGCGCAGGGAGGACCGAGAAAGGAGGACCAGGGACCUUCAGCGCCACGGCAACCAGCACACCUUCACUGUCCAUGUCACGCCUCCCCCUGGCUGGCCUGCUGUGAGCCAGUCGCCCAUGGAAGUUCUCAAGGUUCAGUCCCACCUGGAGAAUCCCACCAAGUACCACAUCCAGCAGGCUCAGAGGCAGCAGGUGAGGCAGUAUCUGUCCACCACCCUGGGUGGUAAAGCCGGCAGCCAGUGCCCCAGCCAGCCCCCUGAGCACGGCAUGCCGCCCGGGCACGGCAGCAGCGCCCCCAACAGUCCCAUGGCCCUGCUCACCCUCAGCUCCAACUGUGAAAAAGAAAUGGAUGACGUCAUUGAUGAUAUCAUUAGCUUGGAGUCAAGUUACAAUGAAGAUGUUCUUGGACUCAUGGACCCAGGACUCCAAAUUAACAACCCGCUCCCUGUGUCUGGCAACCUUCUUGAUGUGUAUGGCAAUCAAGGACUUCCACUCCCGGGCCUCGCCAUCAGCAACUCCUGUCCGCCCAACAUUAAAAGGGAAUACACAGCUCCUGGCAUGAAGCAAGUACUGGACAAGCCUGGAUCCUGUGGCCAGUAUGAAAACUAUCAAAGGCCAGAGGGCUUUCCAGUAGAGGCUGAAGUUCGUGCUCUCGCUAAAGAGAGACAGAAGAAGGACAACCACAAUUUAAUUGAGCGAAGACGGAGAUUCAAUAUCAACGACCGCAUCAAAGAGCUGGGAACUUUAAUACCCAAGUCAAAUGACCCAGACAUGCGCUGGAAUAAGGGCACCAUUCUGAAAGCCUCAGUGGACUAUAUCAGGAAGCUGCAGCGGGAGCAGCAGAGAGCCAAGGAGCUCGAGUGCAGACAGAGGAAGCUGGAGCACGCAAACCGCCAUCUGAUGCUUCGUAUACAGGAGUUGGAGAUCCAGGCCCGGGCUCAUGGUCUCACAGUGGUGUCAUCUCCAUCUGUCUGCACAUCAGAGUUGAUGGCACGGGCCAUUAAACAGGAGCCUGUCCUCGGCGACUGUCCCUCAGAUCUCUACCAGCACAGCUCGGCUCCCGACAUGUCCCCUCCAACCACACUGGACCUCAACAACGGCACCAUCACCUUUGACCAGAUCCCUGAAGAUGCUGGGGAUGUUGGCCCUUAUGGAAACUCCAGGACCUGUAAAAUGAAGGAGUUGGUAAGGGACAACACCCUGUCGUCGAUUUCCCCAACUGACCCCCUGCUGUCCUCCAUGUCCCCAGAUGUGUCCAACAACGUUAGCAGCCAUCACAGUUCCACUUCUAGUAUGGAGGAGAAGGAGCAUGGCUGUUAGCAUUAUCCAGUGGACAACAUGACCACCACUGAGACACUCUGUCUGUAGCAUCCCAUCAAUGAGGCACCUACAUUAAAGUGACUUACAGGUAUACACAUGACUAAGUGGAUAAAGGAACUGAGAAGCAAAUUUCCUCUUGAUCUUCCAUAUUUUAUCUCUAUUUUUGUCCAUUUAUUGCUGAAAUUUUAUAUGUUACUGUGACCUUUUUUCAUUUCUCUAUUAUACACAGUAUUUAUGCCGUCCUAUAAUCUUGAUUACCUAUAGAUGGACAGUUAAGAACAACUACAAAGGACAAUCUAAUUCAAUCUGACUGAGACAUACUGUAUGUCUACGAUAUGCUGUCAUUGAACACUGGUCAACUUGAUGAUUUCACAGUUUUUACCCUUUUUUAAUUCUUGUAUUUUUUUUUUACUUUUGAUAUUUGUCCCAAAUAUAAAGCGUAACGAACUGUCCAUGGCAACUGUGAUAACAACCAUGUGAAAAUGUGCAGAGAAGUGUAAAAACUUAAGCCUUGUGUUCAAAUUUGCCAGAAAUAAAAAAGAUUUAAUUGUUGCAGACAAAAUGUCAUAAUGAUAAUAAUAAUAAUUGUUUCUUAACUCUUUAUUUAAAUUUAGAUUAUUUUUUACCCCGAGUCCUUGUAUGUAUUCUAAAGAAAUAACAAAUCAAACACUGACCAAAUGAGAAGCAUUAUUAUUGUCACCAUGAAGUAUUAUAUUAUUAAUAUCAUUUAUUUAUUUUGUAUUGUUUUUCUUUUAUUCACUGAGAGCUCAUUAUGUUCGUACCGGUACUUAAGAUUUUUUUUCUGUAUAAUUUUUAAAUUUAUAAUGACCCAAAAACUAGUUAUUGAUCGUUUCUUAUUCUGAUCUCAGAACUUUAACAUUUAUUUAUACUUUAUGUCCCAGUUUAAAGGUAAAUAAGACACAUGGAAGGAAAAGUAGUCUAUUACAAUAAAAGGGUAAAUUAACCUUAUAUUGAUUAUAUAUUCCUGAUGUGAUACAUCAUUCUUUGUUUAUGAUGAAUGUAAAAUAAAA